UAUGUUCGUGUGGUUAGUCUGCUGCUUUAGAUUGCCCUGUUUAGCGCCUCGAAAUGCAGUUUUCGGGCCAUAAGAGACGACGGCACAUCGCCGUCGGUGAUCCGUUGGCCGAGUACGCUGGCCGGAAGACGCUUUUACACUUUUACAACACUCCUCCUGCCGACAACGUACAGCUGAGCGACUUCCAAGACAUCGCCCUGGAAAGGCUCAAAGUGCUGAAAGUUUUCGAGAUCGCCGACGCAAAGUUCAACAACAAGCGCUCGCCGGACUACGCCAGCGCUGUGAUGGACGACCUCCGAAAGCAGAAACUGAAAGCCUACGUCAGUCGGGUGACCGAUGACAAUGGCGCUGCUCUUGUACGGAAGGACAAUCUGUCCUUUUUCAUCCUCUUGCUCGCCUUCUGUGAAACCCCAGCACAACGACGGUGGUUCAUGAGCCAAGAGAUGGACCUUUUCCGGUUUCGAUUUCAAAACGAGAGUUCGGCUGGCAUCCAGGCUUUUCUAAAGGACACCAACAUGGAGUUCACACCCAUAUCUGCCGAUGAGAAAGCCAAGUAUUUUGAAGAGAUAGUCGCCGCGUCACCAGACAUGACCGCUGCAAAACUGGAUGCCAUGGAUGUCUACAAGGUGUCCUUCCUCGAAGUACUUCCUCUGGUGGCGGACCGAACGGUGUACCUGCGACAAGGCGAGGCAUACGUUCCGAGUGAGUACCUCAUCACGCUGGUCGAGUCGCAGUACCGGGCGCAUCUGUCCCACAUGCUGGCGCAGACGACGCGGACCUUCCACCGCCUCGAAGAGGACGAGCGCAUUUUGCCCAUUCUGCGUGCCCUGGCCAACUUCGAUGCGGGCAGUGGAUUCGACGCCUCACGGCCCUCGGAUUCGGUCACCCCCGAAAUGAUCGACCAGCUGUGCAAGGAGUCGUUCCCGAUGUGCAUGAAAGCGAUGCACUCCGCGCUGCGGACGAACCACCACCUUCGACAUGCGGCCCGUAUGCAGUAUGGCCUAUUCCUGAAAGGCAUUGGUCUUGGCCUUCAGGAUGCUUUGCGCUUCUGGAGGGAGGAGUUCUCCAAGCAUGUUGGCGUUGAGAAUUUUGACAAGAAGUACAGCUACAACAUCCGGCACAACUAUGGCACAGAAGGCAAGCGUGCCAACUACACGCCUUACAGCUGCAACCGCAUAAUCUCUGGCAUACCGCCAGGCCCCGGUGAAUGUCACGGCUGCCCUUUCAAGCACUGUGAUCGUACACAGCUUCAAGAAAGGCUUAAGAAUGAAGGAGUCAAGGACGCUGACUUGAAAGAGGUCAUGGGCUUUGUGGAGAAGGGCCACUACCAGCUGGCAUGCACCUCUACGUUCCGAAUCACCCAAAAGUCACCCGAUGUUGCGCAAGUCAUCUGCCACCCAAACGAGUACUACAUGCUCAGCCGACAGUUCAAGGAAGGCUCGGCGAAAGACUCUAAAUUCGGUUCAUUGAGAAAUAUUGAGACACAGAAAGCGGUGGUGUACUCACAGAAGAGUGAGAAAAGUUUGGAGGACUUUGAUGAUAACAUGGAUGACUGCCUGGAGGAAAUGCUGACCAGUGCCGAGCAAAAAGCUCAAGAGGAAUCAGUGAUGGAGUCAUAGCAGGAAUCCAGUGCCCCACUGCUUUUGACAUUAUUUAUUUUCUACACCAUCGCAAGCAAGCAAAGAACGACAAAACGAAUAAGAGGUUUCAGCAAGUUUUAAUAAAUAUUCUGUUUUUAAC